GCAUUUCUUGACCGUUUGGAGAUAAUGUACUUCGACCAACAAAUCGGGGUGUUUACUAUCGCAAGUUAUGCAACUUGUUUUGAGAAUGGUGAGGACUUUAAUGUCGAGGACUCGGAAGAAGAAAGUGUUGAUGACACUUUGCAAGCGGCUUUGACAGAUGAGAGGCAAAUAACUUGUAGCUCGGCUUCGCAGAAGAUGGGUGUUCCAGGCACAUCGUUCGGUUCUGGAGGAGCUUUAAGUAUGGCGGUUUCAACGGAUCCGUUGAUGACUCGUCCGUUGACUUCUUCUAUUGUUACACCUACUCAGAUGGCGGGCAAUACGAUGACGGUAUCAUCCAGAGGCAUUCUGGAUCUGAAGGUUCAAGCAAUGCUCUCCCCGGAGUUAUUGGCAAGUCUGUCAGUAUUUGCAAACAACCCAAGUACUGUUUUGGAAUUCCUACGCUCUCGAACUCCACAACAACCUCCAUCUGAUGAGCCUUUGGAGCACCAGAUUGGAGACAGAAUCCCUGCGGACAUUGCGCAGCUUCCGGGACCUAUUGUAUGUCGACACAAUCAUACGUAUCUGGAAGAGUUCUAUGAUAGAGGAACCAGCCCGGCUUAUGGAUAUAAUUGGCAUGUCGAAGAAGAUCUUGAGCACAGAGAAGGGGAGAGGAAAGGAGCAAGCGGCGGCGGUGCGCAUGGCAAGGGAUCCGAAUCAAGCGGAGGUGCGCAUGGCAAAGGAUUGAGAUCGAGGAGCGGUGCAAGUGGCAAGGGUCCGGGACCAAGGGACGGUGCAAGCGGCAAGGACGUAAGUCGUGGGGAACUGCAAAAAAACAAAAGGUCUCAGGGGCGUCAAGCAACAGAGGGCAAGGGAUCAGGAUCAAGCGGCGGUGGGCAUGGCAAGGGAUCGGGAUUGAGCGUGGGUGCAAGUGCGGAGGGUUCGGCAACAAGCGUCGGUGCAAGCGGCAAGGGCAUAAGUCGUGGUGAACUACGAAAACCCGAAAUGUCUCACGGGCCUAAAGAAACAGAGCGCAAGGGAUCAGGAUCAAGCGGCGGUGGUGCGCAUGGGAAGAGGUCGGUAUCGGACGGCGGUGCAAGUGGCAAGGCUUCGGGACCAAGCGAAGGGUCCCACGGUCGAGUCGAACACGACAGUGGGCCAGCAUUGGAGCGUUCUCGGCUUGACCAAGCGAAGAAACUCACGGUCGAGUUGAACCCGAAAGUGGGAUCGUCCCACGGUCGAGUCAAACAUGACAGUGGCCCAACAUUGAAGCGCUCCCGGCUUGACCAAGCGAAGAAACUCACGGUCGAGUCGAACCCGAUAGUGGGAUCGGGAUUGAUCGACGUUGCAACUGGCAAGGCUUCAGGACCAAGAGGCGGUAGUUCAACUGUUGGCGGUAUUUCACCUAUCAAAGGGUCACACAGUCGAGUAAAACAUGGCAGUCGUCCAACAUUGCAGCGCUCCCGGCUUGACCAAGCGAAGAAACUCACGGUCGAGUCCAACCCGACAGCGGGAUCGGGAUCGAUCGCCGGUGCAAGUGGCAAGACUUCGGGACCAAGCGACGGUGGUUCAACUGCCGGCAGUGUUUCACCUGUCAAAGGGUCACACGGUCGAGUCGAACACGACAAUGGUCCACUAUUGGAGCGCUCCCAGCUUGACCAAGCGGAGAAACUCGUGGUCGAGUCCAACCCGACACUGGAAUGGGGAUCGAUCGCUGGUGCAAGUGCCAAGGCUUGGGGACGAAAAGGUGGUGUAAGUGGCAAGGACAUAAGUCCAGCUGACCAAGUUUGGGGGACCACGAUGUUAGUGGGCGACAGUGUCACUAUGAAAGUGGAUAUUACUGGUACACUCACGGAAUUACAGAUGUCGUCGUCGACGAUGCCAGCCGAAGUAAAUACUUUGUCGGAGGAAGUUGAAGAACUCUCUCCGGAUACAAAAAUUGGAAAUGCGACUGCAGGUGUAAGCGACACUUUUGAAGGCGUAUAAGAGGAAGAAACUCUUCAUGUACAGAGCAUCGAAGAAGAUGAAGGACAUCUAGUACUAAGUACACCGGAGCAAUGUACACUUGUACAACCUCAACAAACGCUUGAACAACCU